AUGCAGCAUGCUCAACUUCCUCUUCCUGGAAGGUCAUCACCACCUGGCGUCGUCAAUGGACUUCCUAUGCCAGCCCCUCAAGUUCCUAGCGUUGCUCCAACGGCUCUUCCAAUGCCUCCUACCUUCCAUGGUCCCACGACUGUCUCCGGUCCUGGAGGCCUACCUAUGCCUCCCAAUUAUCAUCCUCCUGUUGCUCCAUCAACAUCGUCUCUUCCAAGUUACGCUGCGCCGGGUGUAGCACCGGUUGUGCCAUCCGUGGCAGCACCUGUUGUUGGUCCAACAGGUCUUCCAAUGCCUCCGAAUUAUAUCCCGCCUGCUACUUCUGCUGCACCUUUGCCAAUGCCUCCGGCAGUUCGAGGGCCAAAUGGCUAUCCUAUGCCACCGGGAUAUCGUCCACCAGCGGCGCCAGCACCAGCUCCGGUAGCUGCCGUUCCGGUUCCAAGCGUACCGGCUGUACCCGUACCUAUUUCUACCGUAACUCCUGCAGUUCCUCAGGCACCUUCCGGAUCAAAUGCGAUUAUAACGACGGAGGUGCCUACGAAAUUAGACAUUCCAUCGAAUAAUCGCAUAUUCGUAGAUGGUAAAGCUCAUGAAGUAGAAUAUGUAAAUGACGUAGCUGUAAUAGAACGAAAUGGCUUGCCUCACAAGAUUUACUUUGCGGGUACUCCACGUAAUGUUAUAAUUGACGGUGUUCCUCAUCUGCUUCAUUUUGGAGAGAGCAAAGGUGUCAUAAUAGAUGGACAAGAACACAUUCUUCGUUUCGGUGCUCCAAGCCGUGAACUUUAUCUCAACAACUUUGCUUUCAAAGGACAAUUUGGAGGUGCUCCCAUGGUCGCCACGAUCAAUGGUCGACGACAUGAGAUACGUUUAGCAGGUCCUGCACCCGAUGUCAAGAUCAACCCUGAUCCAGCUUAUGAGCUGACAGCUGAGUUGAAUCGAAUACGAGCAAACAAAACUGAAAAUAAGAGAGAACCUUCACCCGAUCCUUUCACUCUUCUCAAGAAGCUGCAGCAAAGUGGAUUCUUGAAAAAGCCUGAACCUGCUCCUGCACCUCAACCUAGUCCCUCAACAAGAGACCGUGUCCGACAUUCGACAUUAUUGAGAGACAAUGCCCCUCCUAUUCCUAGCGAGCACAGCUUGAGUAUAGUGGAACGAAGAUCCGUCCCCGCUGCACCUCUAAAGGAGUUCAAUAUGAGGAUCCUCAAGAUUCGAUAUGAUUCGGUGGUCGACGCUCUCCAUGAGAAACAACAGAAUGCUUGUCCACAUUGUGGUCAACGUAUGGAACUUCGUGGCGAGCGAUAUGAGCGACAUUUGGAUUGGCAUGUGAAGAGGAAUCUGAAAACCUUCGAGAACACGUGCAGUAGUCGGCCGUGGUAUGCUAGUAGCAAGGAUUGGCUGAAAAGUGAAGAAGAGGAAGAAACGGGAGUAAGCGCGACGAGCGGAGCCACAGAAACGGUGGAAGAGUCCCUCCCCGUAACUUCGGUAUCCGCGCGUGAAGCUAUCAAUAAGAGCUGUGCCGUUUGCUGUGAAGAUUUUGAAGAGUAUUGUGACGAGGAUGAUGAUGGUGUGUGGAAACUCAAAGAUUGUGUCAUUGUCAAUAAUCAGGCUUAUCAUGUAGCCUGUGUUCAAGAUGCAUCAGUACUUGAAGAAGCGCCGUCGCAAGACUUGUCAGAAUCAUGUGAUACAAAAAGUUUUGUAGAAGAUACCAAGCUGUUAAAUAUGUUGGAAACAAGUUGAAG